CCUUGUGAUUGUGAACAAGUACUAGCAGAUGGAGAGUCACAGUACUGCAGAGGAUGAGAGUGGAAGGAAAGGAUCAAGUGGUGCUCAUUCAUCAGUUUCACGAUGGAGUCCUACAAAGGAGCAAAUAGACAUGUUGGAGAACUUUUACAAGCAGGGAAUAAGGACUCCCAGCACUGAGCAAAUACAACAGAUUACCUCUAGGCUUAGGGCUUAUGGUUACAUCGAGGGAAAAAAUGUCUUCUACUGGUUUCAAAAUCACAAAGCGCGCCAAAGACAGAAGCUCAAGCAGAAGCAACAAAGCAUUGCAUACUGCAAUUGCUUUCUUCAUGCCUCCCACCCCAUUUGCCAAAAUGUUGUCUGCGCCCCAUAUUGUUUGCAAAAGAGUGGAUUCAGCUUUUAUCCUCACCAACCAAAGGUGCUUGCAAGUGUAGGUAUUAGCUCAAGGAUUGAGACUGGGUCCUUUGGCAUGCUAAGAAUAUGUGAUGGCAUGCAGAGUGAACACCCGGAUUAUAACUAUAGCACCAGUAACCGUGAAGCCUUAACUCUAUUUCCUCUUCAUCCAACCGGUAUUUUGGAAGAAAAAACAACUCAUCACUCUGUUGAUGUCACCGACAAAUCUUUUGUUUCUAUUGCUGUUGACGAAAAUGGUCAUCUUGGAAAUCAACACUGCUUUAAUUUUCAGUACUGAAGAAUGAAGGUAUCGAGAUAGUGAUUAAGUAUCAUCGACCAAAACUACUAACACUGUACUACUACUUUCUUUGAGUAGCUCGUUGUUCAUCUUCGAAAUGAGUUUUAUCUAAUUGGAUAUUGAGUUUAACGUAGUAAUACCAGGCAUGUUUUAUGG